GACUUGGGGGCCCUGGCCGGCUCAAAGAAGGGGAGCCCUGGGGGGAGACGAAGUAUGCAUGCAGUGGAGGGCGUGGGGCGCUUUCUGUUUGGGUGACAUGAGAUGCGGGGAUGGUCUUAGCUCCGGUCCCCACUUGCCCCAGAAUCUGAGUGGGCUGCUAAGGUGUCCCCGAAGGAGGGGCGCGGGGCAGGCGCUCUGUGGGUCCCGGAAGUCGGGUUUUGGGGCUCCCAACUUUCGCCCGUGGAAGUCUCGCCCAGGUGUUGGCGUCGAGAGUUUAGCAGGUAUUUUUCGAAGCUGAUGCAUAAGAAAUGGCUGGAAAUCAAAUGCAAGUCCAAAGAAGAGCAUAGGUUAUUCAACAACAUUCUUUAAAAAAAAAACCCUGCUAACACAAUGUCACUCUACACAUCACAUAAUAGAAGUAACAGCCAUAUUCUUGACAUUCCUUCUUCCCAAAAGAGUUCAUCACGGAAUGUCCUCACCCACAGUAGCAGCCUUAAGCUGCACUUGAAGUCGGAUUUGUUAGAAUGUGAAAAUGACGAUCCUUUAUUGAGAUCUGCAAGUAAAAUCAGAGACAUAAAUAGCACUUACGUUAUUUCUGCCAGCAAAAAAACAGAUCUGCCCUGUACCCCUAACUCUAUAGAUAGACUGACACUUCGGAGAAGAGUUACCAGGAACAAGGAGUCAUCUGUGCUUGAUAAUGAGUUGGGGGACUCCACAGAAAAGACAACAGAAACUCGUCUCACGUUACAAUGUCGUGCUAAAGUGGAUUCUGUGGGGAAGUGGAGGACAAGGCAGAACGUGGGAGAUGAAUCGGAGAAUAAUUAUGCUUCCCAGGAAACUAGUACUGAUGUAAAAAAUGUAAAUAAAAAUAAAAACUCUUUUGUUUCUUUUGCUAAAGACCCAAAAGAGAUUGGAAAGACGGCUGAUGAAAAACACAAAAAGACGUUUUCUGCCUUCCGUGGGACAAAUGAGAAUGUUGCGCUUAAGUACUUAAACCCUAGAGCACCCACUGGUUCGCAGAAUCAGAAUGGAGCUAUUAACUCAGGAUACUUGGCCACAAAACCCACUCAGAGCAUGUUGGAUAGCAAUGUGUCAGCACUGGGGAACUAUCACAGAAGUACUGGGAAGGACGCUGGGAAAAAAUCAAGUACAUCUGGAAGCUUAGAGCAAAGAACACCUACUAAAUACGUUACCGAGCACAGUUCCACCCCAAAGUGCAGCACGCCUUUGUCUAAGAGCCCAGCUCCAUCGAUACUGAAAAAUAGCCUGUCUGGCCUUCAAGUGAAACAAAAACCAAAAAAUUCUCUUCUCGAAAAUAAAAGGGGACAGUCACAAGAAAAUACACUCCCUCCUGAGGAGGAAGCUGCUGUUCAGAACUCUGCCGUAACAGACCCCUUAAAAGUGGAGAACAGUCAAGUGACAGUGGCAGUCCGUGUGAGGCCCUUCAGUAAGAGAGAGAACAUUGAAAAAGCAUCUCAGGUGGUCUUCACGAAUGGAAGAGAAAUAGUUGUGGAACACCCGGACAUGAAACAAGCUUAUCAUUUUAUUUAUGAUGUUUCAUUUUGGUCUUUUGAUGAGUGUCAUCCUGACUAUGCUAGCCAGACGACCGUGUACGAGACCUUAGCAGCACCCCUCCUACAGCGAGCCUUUGAAGGCUACAACACCUGUCUCUUUGCUUAUGGUCAGACUGGCUCUGGAAAAUCCUAUACGAUGAUGGGAUUUAGUGAAGAACCAGGAAUUAUUCCAAGAUUUUGUGAAGAUCUUUUUGCUCAAGUAGCCAGAAAACAAGCCCAAGAGGUCAGCUAUCACCUUGAAAUGAGCUUUUUUGAAGUAUAUAAUGAAAAAAUUCAUGAUCUUCUGGUUUGUAAAGGUGAAAAUGGACAGAGAAAGCAACCACUGAGAGUAAGGGAGCACCCUAUUUCUGGCCCAUACGUUGAAGCUCUGUCAAUGAAUGUUGUCACUUCUUACUCUGAUAUUCAGAGUUGGCUAGAAUUGGGAAAUAAACAAAGAGCUACGGCUGCCACUGGAAUGAAUGAUAAAAGCUCCCGAUCCCACUCAGUUUUCACCCUGGUGAUGACCCAGACCAAGACAGAAUUUGUGGAAGGGGAAGAACAUGAUCACAGGAUAACAAGCCGCAUAAACUUAAUAGAUCUGGCGGGCAGCGAGCGCUGCUCCACAGCUCACACAACUGGAGAACGACUAAAGGAAGGUGUGAGUAUUAACAAGUCCUUGCUAACUUUGGGAAAAGUUAUAUCUGCACUCUCCGAACAAGCAAACCGAAAGAGAGUUUUUAUUCCUUACCGUGAAUCUGUGCUGACGUGGCUAUUAAAAGAAAGUCUGGGUGGAAAUUCAAAAACUGCAAUGAUUGCCACCAUCAGUCCUGCUGCCAGCAACAUUGAAGAAACGCUAAGCACACUUAGAUAUGCUAACCAAGCCCGUAUGAUAGUCAACAUCGCCAAAGUAAACGAAGAUAUGAAUGCGAAGUUAAUUAGAGAAUUGAAAGCAGAAAUUGAAAAGCUAAAAGCUGCUCAAAGAAGCAAUCGGAAUAUUGACCCUGAACGAUAUAGGCUCUGUCGGCAAGAAAUAACAUCCUUAAGAAUGAAAUUGCAUCAACAAGAGAGAGACAUGGCAGAAAUGCAAAGAAUGUGGAAAGAUAAACUUGAACAAGCUGAAAAGAGAAAGCUUCAAGAAACAAAAGAGUUACAGAAAGCAGGGAUUACAUUUCAAAUGGACAACCAUUUGCCAAACUUUGUCAAUCUCAAUGAAGAUCCUCAGCUGUCGGAGAUGCUUUUAUAUAUGAUAAAAGAAGGAGCAACUACAGUUGGAAAGUAUAAGCCAAACUCAAGUCAUGAUAUUCAGUUGUCUGGGGUGCUGAUUGCUGAUGAUCAUUGUACCAUCAGAAAUUUUGAUGGGAUAGUGAGUAUCAUCCCAGUUGGGGAAGCAAAGACUUACGUAAAUGGAAAACAUAUUUUGGAACCCACAGUAUUACACCAUGGUGAUCGGGUGAUUCUUGGUGGAGAUAAUUAUUUUAGAUUCAAUCAUCCAGUAGAAGUCCAGAAAGGCAAACCAACAUUUGGUAGAGACACUCUUACGAGUGAGGGUCCAAAAGACUUUGACUUUGCAAAAAAUGAAUUGCUCAUGGCACAGAGAUCGCAACUUGAAGCAGAAAUAAAAGAGGCCCAGUUGAAAGCAAAAGAAGAAAUGAUGCAAGGAAUCCAAAUUGCAAAAGAAAUGGCUCAGCAAGAGCUUUCUUCUCAAAAAGCUGCAUAUGAAAGCAAAAUAAAAGCCCUUGAAGCAGAAUUGAAAGAAGAGUCUCAGAGGAAGAAAGUGCAAGAGAUAAAUAACCAAAAGGCUAAUCACAAAAUCGAGGAGUUAGAAAUGACAAAACAACGGCUUGAACAGGAAAUAUAUGUCAACAAAAAGCGAUUAGAAAUGGAGGCUUUGGCAACCAAACAGGCUUUAGAAGACCACAGCAUUCGCCAUGCAAGAAUUCUGGAAGCUUUAGAGACUGAGAAACAAAAAAUUGCCAAGGAAGUACAAAUUCUACAGCAAAAUCAGAAUAAUAGGGAUAAAACUUUUGCAAUUCAGCCAAACUGGAGUUCCAUGAAACUCUCAAUGAUGAUUCAGGAAGCCAAUGCCAUCAGCAACAAAUUUAAAAAAUAUUAUGUUUUCAGCAGACAUGAUUUAUCAGAGAAAGGAAGUUCUGGCCUAUCUAUUCGGGUUCGUAACCUACAACUAGGAAUCUCAACUUUCUGGAGUUUCGAAAAGUUUGAAUCUAAGCUAGCAGCAAUGAAAGAACUUUACGAGAGUAAUAAUAGUAGUAAGAGUGAAGAUGUCUUUUGUGAUCCUGAAGAUGAAUGGGAACCUGACAUUACAAAUACUCCAAUUUCUUCAUUUUCUAGAAGGAGGAGCAGGAGUUUGAUGAAAAAUAGAAGAGUUUCUGGUUGUUUACAUGACAUACAAGUCCACCCAAUUCAAAAUUUGCAUUCUUCUCAUUCAUCAGGUUUAACGGAGAAAUCAAGCACCAUUUCCUCAAAUUCAGCAGAAUCAUUUCUUCCUGGAAUUUGCAAAGAAUUGAUUUGUUCAUCAUUAGACUUUCUUGGACAGAGUUAUGAUGAAGAAAGAACCACAGCAGACAGCCUGAUUAGUAAUUUUCUUAAAAUUUAUAAUGGGCUAUUUUGCAUUAACAAAGCUUAUGAAGAGCAAGAUGAGGAAAGUCAAGAGAACUUGCUCUCAUCUGAUCGAGCAACCCAGUCGCUUAUUCUCCAGGUCACAUGUGCUUUUGGGCACCUUACGGUGCUACUCAAGCACUGGCUGAGUGACAUCCCACCUGCAAGCAGCACAGCGAGACUCGAAGAUGAAUUAAGACAGGAAGUGACAAAACUAGGAAGCUACUUACAGUUAUUUUUGCAGGGAUGCUGUUCUGAGAUACCAUCAAUGGUAAAGGAGGCUCAAAUGAAAGUUAUCCAGAUUGUACGACAAGCUGUGAGAUGCGUGGGGCAGCUGGCAGCCCUUACAGGGAGCAGGCUGUGUGUUCCGGGGAGCAGUGACAGUGGCGCUGGUGUCCAGGAGGAUUUUGUGGAUGCUAUUUAUGAUGGUGUAGGCUUAGGAAUGAAGAUUCUAUUAGAUUCUGGAAUAAGAAAAGCCAAAGAACUUCAGCAUGAACUUUUAAAGCAGUCUACCCAAAAUGAGGUUACCAAGCAGAUGAAAGCUCAUGCCGGGGGAUUGGUUCGAUCUCUUGAAAACCUCUUUGCUGAAUGGAAGACAAAAAGUUUCAAAACUGAAGAAGAAAAUCCUGGAUACCAUGAUUUGAAGAAAAUAGCCAAUCUUGCUCCAGAAUUCUUGAAGUUAAAACAUUGCUUAGAGCAAACUAUUCAAGUUAUUAUUUCUGCACUGAGAGGGUGCCACAGUGACGUCAGUCUUCUCAAGAAUUGUGUGGAAAGUAUCUGCACCCUGGCCAGGGAUGUUGGACAUGACUCUGGUGUGCGCUCUCCUUCUCUUGACAGCUGUGACCACAGGGAACUAGAAUCUCUAGCCAAGUCUCUCCUCUUAUGUUUUGAAUCUGAAGAAAGACCCAAUUCGUUGACACCUUGGGAAACCAGUGAUCAAAAUAGCAGCGGAGGAGGAUACCCCCCACCUAGCUCAAGCAGGACCGACUCCAGCAGGAACAGAGGUGUGCCGAAGCGUGUCUAUGAGCUGCAUGGCUCAUCCCAAGCGGGCUUGGAGGAAUGCACGCCACGGAGCAUUCAGUGGGUGUGACCGCCGAUGCGUAGGCACUGGAACAGUGACUAGGCCCUUUCCCUUCUCAGGAGCAUAUAUAAAGCAAGAAAAGUAUACACAUUGCCAGGAAGUCCACGUCUGUGGUGGUCAACUGUGGAGUACGAACAACGUAAGCAUUAUGGGAUGCUGAUGUCAAGAUGCCUGGACGUGCCCUCAGAAGUGUCUCCGCACACAGUUUCACCACAUUGGAACAUUGUCUCAAGAGAAUGAAAUUUGGAGUUUCAAACCCACCUCCUUUCUCUAGUUUCUCGUUCCCUUGAAUUUUUAAAUAUUUAUCUUUAACAUCAAUAUACUGUUGGUUUGUUGGCCUGGUUAGAAAUAGUUGUUUUUCUCAUGUGUAAAAAUCUAAACAAUCAGUUAUGUUUGUGCCUGUGCCUUUUCUCUGAGACUUAGGGUGAAAUUACUAGCAUAAGUUUAAGGGAGCUCAGCGUGCAUCGUUAAAUGCACAGCUCUGUUGAAUUAUCUGGUUGCCAUUUUGAGAAGUGUUCAAGGGCACAGUUUCCUUUUUUUUUUUUUUUUAAAUUAUAAGUAGCUACCUAGUAUAGUAUAAUUACAUACUUACUAAUACUAUGACUUACUGAUGUAAUAGUUAAUCUAGCCCAUAGUGGACACAUAUGACUAUAAUUUAAAACUAGUUCAGUAUUGCCAGAGCAGAGGCUGGACUUUUUCUUGAUAACGCUUGUUUUGUUAAAGGUGUAAUGAAAGAGUUUGUUCAUGAUUUGAUAAAGAUGGAAGAUCCUUCUUAUGUUUCAUAGUUAAAAAGAAAACAUUUGUCUACCAUCAAAUACUGAUGAUAAGAUUCUAUUUUGGGGAUCUUACAUUAAGAAGUAGUUUAACAUCUCUGACCGCAAGCUUAUGUAUAAUUUGAAAAGACUCUGAGUCAUUCUGCUUGGGUGGGUAAUAUCUAGCAAUUUCUGAAGAACAUUUCACCCUUAGCUGACCUGAUCCUUUCUUCUACCCCUUUCACUUGCAGGUGCCAAUAGCACAUUUGGUAUAACUAGUGAAAAUUGGCUGUUAGUACCAGGAAACAAUUUGAUGAUAUCCUUGUUAGGGAGAAGGUGUAAAUAAAUACUGGUCAUUGUAGUGAGAACAAUAUUUUCAUGAACCAUGUGCUGUAUUUUCAGGUAUUUAAAAUGGUGCAAUGUAGCAAAUUUGCUGUCAUUUCUUUUUAAAUCUUUGGCAUUUGAGCUUGUUUUCUUUCUGAAUACAAGUUCUACAUGUAUAUAUAUAUAUUUAUCAGUAGUACUCAGCCACACAGCACUUUGGCUAUCAAGUUUCAUGAGGUAUAGAUAGAUGUCCACAGAAGGCCUUCUCCUGAAGGUUGUGCUUCUCUGAAGAAUGCCCUAAAGAGGCAGUGUAGUAGUUUUCAUCUCGAUAUUCAUUUGUCUUUACUGUCUCCUUUCUCGUGACUGUAUUAGUCAGAAACAUUUUAAUGUUUUUGUGAGAUUUUGUAUAUUUGUAUUUAUACUCAAGUAAAUUGUUACACAGUAUUUGAAUGAAUGGUGAAAAAUAUUUGCUAUUAGAAUCAUGUGCAUUAAUAAAAUGUUAUAAAGGGAAUGCCUCUAAUAAAUCUUUUUAGCCUCAGAAUUAUCUCUUGGUCUAAGGUCUUAAAAUUUUACUGAUUAUCUUUAUUUACUUGAUUUCAGAUUCAAAAUUUCUGUAAUAGCUCUGCCUUGAUAACUGCUAUCUAGUAGUGCAAAUCAAAUAAAUAUUAAUA